CAAAGCCAGCCAGCAACACAAAGGUUUCGCCGAGGAGAUGUCUGAUCCAUAGCCUCGGCGAUAGUCCGAUUGAACGAGCCAGAGACACUCGUGCGAUCGCUCGUCAGCACUGCAGAUCUACCGGAAAUAGCACGAGGCCCACAGUCAGUCAGCGAAAAGCAGACAUGGGGCACACAGUGAGAUGGAGCUAAGCAGGACUAACAGAUUGUCACUCUCGAGUUUGGUUGCUGAGGAAUGAAAAAGUGGUAAGAAAAUGGAUUGCAUUCGACAAUCAAGUUCAGAUCUGGAUGUUCCUACCCCAACAAAAGAUGAACCAGUUACAUCCAAAACCUAUAAGAGUCAAACAAAUGGUGGACAGAAUACAAACGAUGUAGAUCAAAACCCAGGACUACCUGCUGGCACUAUUGCAGGUUCAGAAUCCAGAGAUUGUGCUACGCCAACAGUGGAUGAAAACUAUUCAGUUCUGGAUUGCCCAACACCUACUCUUGAUGAACCUGUUGAACAGUAUACUGCCAGUUCAAAUGUGAGUGAUCUGACAAUCAGUGACGUCAAGUGCAAGCUCUUUGUUAAGGAUGAUGGUGAAGGCCAGUCUGAGAUUCUACUUUCAAAAGUAGAGGGAAGAGAUGUUAAAGAUCCUGGAAGUUCUCAAGGACCUGUGACUCUUGGGGAAUCCAAUUCUCAGUGUCAGGAUGUGUCAGAUGGAAAGCUAGCAGAUGAGAACAGCGAGGACAAGGAACCUAUGAAAGAUGGAUCUGGAAGUCAAGGUCUUGAAAGGAAGGCACUGGUUGUAGAAACGGAUUCAAAGAUACCUAAUCUUACCAAAACCCUUUCUAAUGAAAGUCAUGAUAGUAAUGAACCCCACAAACAGAUUGUUGUCACAUGCAAUGAAGAUCAGUUCACUUGCAAUGAAUGUGACUUUACUGGAAAGGGUCAUCACUUUGAGGAGCACCUGAUGUGCCACCUUAUCCAGAAACCUUAUCAGUGCCUGUACUGCAAAGAAGCUUUUGCUUCAAGAAAAGAAGUUGGAAAACAUCUUUCUACAAUGCACAAGGGAAAGAAACUGAACUGUAUGUUGAAGGCUCUUAGUCGAGCAAAGAAUCUAAUGCUUGAGGCCAAAAAAACUAACUCUUGUGUCUUCUUUGCACUUGUUUCUGGAAGGGAGUUGUCUUUAAAACGUAAACUUUCUGUGGAUUCAGUGGGAUCUGUUGGCACUCUCUCCAGAACUUCUUCAGGAUCAGAUAGCUCUGAACCUUCUAAGUUGACCAAGCUACCAAGCAAACCGACAUUGUGUGCGAGUGAAAAUAAUUCCUUAAAACCGAAGAGACGUGAAAGUAGUACCAGCAAAGACAGAACCAUGUCUUUUGAGGAUUUAGGGGAUAUUACUGGUGGUAUCAAGGAAGCACAAGAAGAUGUUGGUUCUAUUAUUUGUCCAGAAGGUGAAAAGAGAGCAAGUUCAGAAGAACUUGAAGAGAAAUCACCAGAUGAUUCCAAACAUGAGUCAGACAAUGAUAAAAUAGAGCAUGGGACAUUAGAAGAAAUCAAUGAAAACCGAGAGGAACUGAAAGUCAGUAAAGAUCAUGGCAUCGGUACUGAUGUUUCUGAGAAUGAAGCCAAAGAUGAAUUUAUGGUACCAAUGGUUACCAAAGAUCAAGGACAUGCUUCAGAUCAUGAGCUACCAGAAGUGUCAGAUACUGAUGUGACAUCAAAUGAUACAUCAGACAGUCAAGGGAAGGAAACAGCAUGUCUUGUUUCUAAGGAUGAUGAGAAAAAGGAAGUGCCAGAAGAUGAUUCUUCAGGCCAUACCCUCACUGACAUUGUCAGUCAUGUUCCUCAUACUCAUGCUUCUGAUGACAAUAUGAGAUCAGAGUCACUUACAAGUGAUGAUCCUGGUAGGAUUAAGAAAUCUGAAGAGGUACAAGGAAGAUCAGAUAAGGAUGUCCCUGAGUGUGGUAACAAGGAUAAUGAGAGACAUGAAUUUGGGAUAUUUGUGAAAGGUGAUAUUGGGCAGGUUGUGUCAGCUUCUCCUAAAGACAUUGAUGAGAAGGAAGUGUCAGAUGAAGGGGUGGUAAAUGUUUGCAAUGAAGUGUCAUCAGCUGCUGAGGAUGAUGAUCACAAGGAAGUGUCAGAUCGAUUCGAGGAAAAUGAUAUUAAAGAAAUGUUAGAUGUUGAGAACAGUGAUAAGAAGGAAAUUUCAGCUGAUGGUGAGGAACAUGUUCAAAAGGAAAUGUCGGCUGAUAGUGUGGACAGUGAUAAGAAAGAAGUUUCAAGAGAUUGUGAGAUCCAUUCAAUUGAGAAGAAAGCUUCAGGAAAUGGUGAGAGCAAUGAUAAGAACGUUACAGGUGAUGGUGAGGACGGUUCAGUUGAGAAGGAAGUUUCAGGAGAUGGUGAGAUCUGUUCCAUGGAGAAGGAAGUUUCAGGAGAUGGGGAGGACAAUCAUCAGAAGGAAGUUUCAGGAGAUGGUGAGGACAAUCAUCAGAAGGAAGUUUCAGGAGAUGGGGAGGACAAUCAUCAGAAGGAAGUUUCAGGAGAUGGUGAGGACAAUCAUCAGAAGGAAGUUUCAGGAGAUGGGGAGGACAAUCAUCAGAAGGAAGUUUCAGGAGAUGGUGAAGACAAUCAUCAGAAGGAAGUUUCAGGAGAUGGGGAGGACAAUCAUCAGAAGGAAGUUUCAGGAGAUGGGGAAAAUCAUUCCAUUGAGAAGGAAGUUUCAGGAGAUUGUCCACCUUUAGGUGCUGUCAGAGACAAUGAGGGACAUGAUAUAGGAGGUGAAUCCCAGGAAGUUGAGAAGGAAGUGCCUGGAGAUGCAUUUACAGAAACAGCUUCAAAAGACAAUGACAUGCAGAAAGGGUCAGGCAGUGAUCAAGAAGACAAACAGAAGUCUGUGGAUAAUGAGACUCUUGAGGGCAAAACAAAUCUUGAUAAAGAUGAAUGUAGCUUAAAUGCUGCUGAUCUUGAAGAUGAUGAAAGACAAAAACAACAAGAAGUAAGUUGUCAUGAAGAUGUGACCUCAGAAACGACAAUCACUGAUGAGGUGUGUCAUAAAGAUGAUGAAGGUGUUCAAAAACCUGAGCCUAGGGACAGUAAUAUUAAUUCUGAAGAGAAGGUUGAUGAAACUAGCAGCACUGAUUUUGGAGACAUGGGUUUGAAAAUUGUUGCAUCAUUUUCUCUAGAUGGAGAUGAAUUUUCUAAACCUGAAGAUAAGGAUGGUAAUGACUCUGAGAUUGUUACACCCAAGACACAUGCACCAUCACCUGAAACAACAGACAAAUCCGUUGAUGACACAAGUGGAUUGGUUAUUGAUGUGUUUAAAGAUGGACGGAUAUCUGUUCACAAUACCAAAGAAAACAUUUCUGAAGAUGUUGAUAAGAAUGUGUGUAAACCUUCAGAACAAACAGCUGAUGUUGAUGUUGAAUCUGUGCCCCCCAAAAAACCACAGCAGUCCAAGCUUGGACAACUCUUGACUGGAACUGCUGCAUUCCCUACUUCGGUUAUUGUGUCAUCACCACCAACAGCAUCAACUCAACCUGCUUCCAAAACAACCCCACCAAAACCACCAUCAGUACCAGGGAUUACCCCAGCUCAGAUGAAGCACAUGCGUAAUCCAAAUUUCUAUGUGUGUGGAUUGAACUGUAAUUUCAGUUGCCUCAAUUCCGUUGAGUUCCGAGACCAUCUGUUCAUGGGUCACGCUGGAGAGAAAGCUUUCCCUUGCUACUAUUGUGGCUGGCUUGCACAUACUGAAGAGAGCUUGUUAAGGCACAUCACCAACCAUGCUCACAAUUACAGCAAAAUUGCUCCUUUGUAUCUGUGUGGAAUGCAGAGAUGUAAAUUUGGCACCAACCUUCUUUCAGAUUUGCUCAAUCAUAUGCAAAUCCUACACCAUGAUAUAACUUUGUAUAUUUGCAAGGAAUGUAAUGAAACAUUUUCUCAUGUCAAGGAACUUGUGAGUCAUUUUGAUGAGAAUUUUAUCCAUGUUGUGAACUGUCCACACUGUGCUUGUAAGGGAACAGACAGGAGGAUGAUCCUGAAGCACAUCUCAGAAUACCAUCCUGGAAAGGCCAAGAUGGUGUCUGUUGCUAAACAAAUAAUUUGCAAAGACAGAAAGAUCAACAACUAUAAGCGGGUUAAGGCUCAGUACAAAUGUGAUUCUGCACUUCUACCAGAAAAACCAACAGCAAUACCAGGUGCUUCACUAGCUGCAGUUCCUGAGAAAAAGCAACUUUCUCCAACCCCAAGUUCAGCCACCUACACUACCCUCAAACACAAUGAGACUACUACACAAUCUGAUGCCACAAAAGUGAAAGUAGAAAAUACUGUGACUGACAGUGAAUAUGGAAAAAUAUCAUCCAAUGCUCCUGCAGCUGCUACAAAGACUCCAAGUGAUGGUUCACCUCCAGAGAAACAGAUAAAUGCUCCAAAAUGUAGUCAUUGUACAUUUGUAGCUCGAGAUCAGAAACGACUUGAAAGUCAUAUGAAGUGUCAUGGUUUACCUGUCAUCAAAAGACACAGAUUUAGAUGCCUGUAUUGCCCACAAGGAUUUGAUAGUUCACAAAAAUUCAGACUGCAUAUUAAUUGUCAUCCUGGUUUGAUCAAAUAUUGGAUGUAUUGUUGUAAAAGGUGUGAUUUUGACACAAAUCAGCGUUAUGUCAUGUUGAGACAUAUCCGGAUGAGAGAUGAACUUCAUUUUAAUGAAGGAAAUGAGGAAGAUAUGUUUUCUGUUGUGGAGAGGAUUGUAGAAAGCAGAGUUCUUGAAUGUGAGCACUGCAACUAUCAGACAAGACACAAACUUCAUCUGCAGAUUCACUACCAGAGAGAACACAAGGUUGUUAAAGCAGCAGCACAGUCUUCAACUGAUGCAGACAAACAAUCUGUCGCACAGAAAGUGGCAUGGGUUUCCCCUCCCAAACACAGCUCCUCAUCAAGUGACUCCUGUCAGGAAAACAUGUCAAAGAAGUUUAAGUGCCCUUUUUGCAGGUAUCUUGUCCCCAAAGCAGCAGAUUUGAAAUCUCAUGUAAAAAAACAUGCUAAUCUUGGAAAAAUCACAUUGGAUUUCUUGAGGUGUAGAUACUGCAGUCUGUCCUCAACUGCAAGAGAGAUUGUCUACACUCAUAUCAGGGACAAACAUCAAGGGAAACCAUUGGUUCUUGUGCGAAAAAUAGUGACCAUUGAUUGUAGUGGAACUGACAAUUCUUUCUCUGAGACAUCAGUGACUGAAGCUCCAGUUGCAGUGACAUCAUCUAGCAGUCAUGGCAUUGAUAAGUUUCAGUGUGAAACUUGUUCAUUUGCCACGAACAAUAGAGGACAGUUUGAAGUUCAUGUUCAACUUCACAACACUACGAAAGGAGGAAUCCUUGGCAUGUCUAUGGUGGAGGACUCUGAUGAUGAUGAUGUAGAUGAGGAGGAUGUGGAAACUGGUGUUGAUCAUCCACAACCUGAAGAUGAAGACACAUCGGUCAAACCUGCACCUGAAGUAAAACCAAGUCCUGUUGAUGUGAUUGAACAGGUGUAUGUCAUCCCAGAAGCUGUGGCUGGUGACCAACUCAGUUCACCGGCCAGAUGCUGCAAUUGCUACUAUGCCUCUGGGUACCGAUCAGCUUUUAUUGACCAUAUGAAGACAAACCAUUCCAGUGUUAUGUUGGUAAUAAGAAACAAGGGUACUGCAGUGGAGCAGAUUUGUCCAAGCGGGAAAAUGUUCUUUGGUUUACCAACCACUCUUAAUAAUGAAGUCCUUCUUGUGCCUGACAGACAAGUGUUUACUCAAGCUGUUAAAUGUCCUAAAUGCCCAUAUUUUACAACCUACUUCAGACGGAACCUUGUUCUCCACCUCACAAAAGAUCAUCCAGAAAUUACAGCAAUGGGUAAAUGCACAUGGCCAGGUUGGCAAACAGGCUCUGGAGAUGCUGUCCAUGCGGCUGGGGUGAAACCAGAACCACAUGUUGCUGUGAAAAAACACAAGAGGCAGUUUUCAGCCCCAGAGAAAGAUGAAAGUUGCAUCAUUGGGUCUGGUGAUUUGGAUGAACAAAUAGCAUGUCUUUACAAGAACUUUGGAGACAGACAGCAAUGCCUCAUUUGUAAUUCGGUGAAACCAAAGAAGUUCUUCAUGCAUAUUCAUCUUCUACGUCAUCUCAAUAUCUUUCUUGUGAAGUGCCCAUACUGUUCCCACAAAGGUCUGCAAAAGUACAAGAUUGGUCGUCAUAUCAGAACCAACCAUCCAGAACAAGAGAAUGUAGUGAAGGAAGUGCAUAAUGAUAUUCCAAAGAAAGUUGCAGACUUCUUGGCACAUCAGAAGAAAGUUGUUGCUGCUGCAACAUCAAGUCCUUCACCUUCUGGAGACAAUGUGACUUUUAUAGACAACCAACAUCUAUCUCUUCACUCUGGCAGUCCUGGUAAGGACAUUCAUAGUACAAACAAAAUGUCUGGUCCUCUAGGAACCUCAUACUUGGAUGAGAAACUUUUGUGUUUAUACACAUGUACUGGAGGAAAAAACAAAUGCAACUUGUGCAGUGUUGAAUUUGCAAGAAAAUAUGCCAUUCAUCGUCACAUAGUUGUGAACCAUCUGAAGGUAUCUCUCCUCAAGUGUGGACAUUGUAACUUUGAAGGGGUUGAGAAGCAUGUCAUCAUUGACCACAUCCUAGAGCAACAUAAGAACCAACUGAUCAAGUUUGAGCCACUGAACAUCAACAUGGAGGGCAAAGUGAAGGAAUUUCUCAACACAUACAAUGUUGUUAAAUCAGAACCAGAGUCAGUUGAUGUAAAGCCUCUCUUUUCUCCAUCACCUGCAAAAUCCUUUGGUCCACAGGCAUAUUGCCUUGGUAAGGACAAACUCCACAACAAGCUGAUGCCUCUGUUUUGUAAAAAGAAUGACAGUUACAAGUGUAACCUUUGCAAAUGGAAGUUCCCAAGAAAGUAUGCUAUCCAUCGACACAUACUUAUGAAGCAUUUGAAGAUUGGGUUAUAUGGCUGCACUCAUUGCCAUGUACAGGGAGCAGAGAAGUACAUUGUUGUCUCCCACAUGAAAGAAGCUCAUCCAAGAGUCUCGCCUCAAGCUAGAAUCCUAGAAGUAGAUAUGGAUCACAGAAUACAAGAGGUUUUGCAUGAAGUGGCCAGUGGAACUGGAUCACAUACCUCAGGAAGGAUGCCACCCACAUACUACGAAGAAGAUGUUCCAGAUCCUGCCAUUACUCCAAACAAGUCUAUGACAGAGUACCAAGAUGAAGUGGAUCAAAAACCAACAGAAGCUGAUAAGAAGCAGAUGGUGGUUGCAAUGUUUGGAAAGAAAAGGAAAUCUUUAGAACCUGCUGAAUCAUCUCAACUAGAUUCAGCAAUUACUCCAAAGAAGCUCAAGACAACUUCUCGCAUGGUGGAUGUUACAACUGAGAUAAAGGUUGUCUGCAUAGAGGAGGGUAGCUUCAAGAAGUAUGUGUGUGAAAAGUGUAGAUUUACAUCUUUACACAGAUCUAAUGUUUAUCGUCAUGUUUUGAGAAUUCAUGAGAGAUACAGAGAACUACAAUGUGAAUACUGUGGAUACAAAAGUUACAGUAAGGUGCUACUAAAUCAACAUAUUGAAGUUGAGCAUGGAGGACAAGCUCUGCUUAAAGACACCAAGGACACAACAACCAUUGUGAAAGAAGAGCCCGAAGAACCAAUGCCAGAUCCCCCUCCAUCCUCCAGCCCAGGUGAAACUGUCAAACAUUAUGCCUGUGCCUAUUGUAACUUUGAAACAAACACUGCAGAAAAUAUCAUCAAGCAUACUCGAGAAAACCAUGCCCCCGGAAGUGGAGAAGCUUCCCGCUCUGCUGGAGGUGAGAAGUCUACUGCCAGCUCAGACCCAGAUAUCACUGUGUCGACACAUGAACAUGUGAUCAAAAAGUCCUCUGUUAAGAGAGGAACAUUUACUGAAUCCCAGAUGUUGUAUUGUGGAUACUGUACCUUCAAAGCACCUGGAAUUCAAGCACUGAAGGACCACCAUAAAGCUAUGCACCAUUCCAGCAAACUCUGCAUCAUUUCUCCCCAACCAUGGAGGUACAUCUGUAGAAUCUGUGGCCUCAAGAACAACGCUGGCAGCAAGAUGAGGUGUCACCUCAAUCGCCAUCUUGAAUAUCGGCCAUACACUUGCAGUUCUUGUAGCCAGCCUUAUGCUUCCACUGAUGAACUUCGCAAGCAUGUACGCAGCCUUCAACAUUCAGACAACUUUCAGUAUCGAAAACAUGAGAAAAAAGAGCAAAAGAUUAACCGAUUCUUGGAAGAGUCCAGAAAAAAUGCUCUUCUUGUAAAUCUUGGUGUUCCUCCAGAUAGUGAAACAGCAGCUGUUCCCAGAAAACCUGUCAGUGCUGCAAAAUUAAAAGAAGGUAAACCAUCAGCGGAAUUCAAAUUCAAAGGUAUAAAGAGAUCGAUGAAGAUGCCAAUGUCACCCACAAAGUCUUUGAAGAAGAAGUACAUGAAAACUGGCCUGGAUCGAGACAGUAAAGCUGUGACCAAGGACAUUGCCUGCUAUUGGUGUGACAUCUCUCACACAGUUUGUGUGGAUCAAAUGAAGCAACACCACGCUAAAGCACAUCAAGACAAGGACUUCCUCUGGGUGGACACUCGUCAAGGUAACACCUGUACGAUGGAUGGGGAGAUCAUAGAAACUGGAAACUUGUCUGAAAUCCCCAAGAUACAUGACUUGUAUGCAAGCAAAAAAUUAAGUACUGGCAAAAACAAGUUCUACUGCACCAAGUGUUCAUUCUCAGCCUGGUAUCUCCCAGCCAUGGUGAGCCACUGCCGAUGUCACCUGCCCAAGAAGUACCUCUGUGCCUACUGCCAUCUCCGCUACAGCAACAGGGAAUACCUGGAGAAGCACCAGCGCACCUUCCAUCCUGGCCGGGAGAUCUGGAUGCUGCACAUGGUGGAGACGGCAGAUGGCCAAAGACCCCCCCAGGCCACAUCAUCGCAGGCCUCUGCCACUGCCGUCUCUUCCAUGUCUGUGAAGCAGGAGAUGCUAGAUGAGGCAAUACCAGCUGCAUCUAUUGAUGAGAGACGAAUAAGUCAGUCUGUGAUGUACUGCUGCAACUUUUGCUCGUAUCGGAACGAGAGCUUGUACCAAUAUAGACUCCACCUGCCGUUGCAUGGAACUUUCAAGCAUCUCAAAACUGACCUGUUGAAUGACUCGCCUCUUAAAUGUGGUUUCUGUCCCUUUGUUGCUACUGACCAAUCGGACUUCAGCUUCCACAUAACGACUCACUUUGAAAACCGUUCUUUUAAGUGUGCUCAUUGCAACUACAGUGCAUAUACACGUGCCCAUGUGAAAUUCCAUUCAGCCAAUCAACAUCCAGAUAUGGAACAAACUGUCCUUGACCUUUCAUCUUGUUCUAGCUAUGUUGAGUAUCUAAAAGCUGAGAAAACAAACCUUCCCAAACUGGUGGAUUUGGAUCCAAGAGUUGUAGUCAAAGAUAUCACCACAAUGACCCAGCAUGACUUGGAGGAGAUGAUGACAAGGGAACAUAAUAGUGACUGUCAUGCAUAUGACGAGGAUGAGGAUGUGGAUGUCGUAGGGAUAGAAGUGGCCGUGAACAAGACGGUGUCUGAGAGAGAUGUAGAUGUGAAGGUUGUCAAUGUUGCAGCAGAGGCGGGACCUAAAGAUGAUCCUGCAGAUCAUCCUGUAGAUGAAUGUAGUCAAGUUACUCCAAUGGAGGAUGAAAAGGCCUUUACUCCUGUGUAUAAUGACUGUGAUCCUCAAGCAGUAGUGUCUUCAAGCAUAGGAGAGCCUGAAGAGACUCCAGACUUUGACCUUGCUGAAGUGUCAGCUUUUGUAGAAGAUGCUGUUGUGUCCAACAUUGAAGCAGGAGAGGAUAAGGACAGCCAGGAAGGCCAUGUUGUUGUGGAAGCAGACAGUAAGCCAAGCAGUGGCAAAGGAUCAGACCUGGAGGACUCCAAAUAUUUGGACAGCUCAUUUGAUGAUAAAGUGAAUGGUAGUGCCUCUGCUGAUGAAAUUGAUGGGGAGUUGAAAGAGUCUGUUCCCAAAGAGGUUGUUCCCAAGGUGAAAGACCCGGAGGAGAGACAAAGGAAGGAUGAUUCGGGCAAUGUUUUUGAUACUCUGCAUAGCUGGCUUUCUAUGAAGUGAUUUCUUGUGACUCAUGUUUGUCCGUCUGUUUGCAUUUGUGCCCAAAACACGGGAAUGAUACAACUGUGGAAGUGAUCAAAAGUUGUGUUUGAUAAACAUAAGCUUGAGUUUGUAUGCUAGUGAUUUUACUGUCCCCAUUACAUUUUUUUGGUUCACAUUAGAAAUCACAUUAAAUUUGAUGUCACAUUGAGCAAACAAUGUCUUUUCCAGGUGAUUGGACAGUUCUCAGGACCAAAACAAUUCAUGCUUUGUUUGGGUUAGACAGGUGUUGACUUUUUUUCAAAACCAAAUAAAGCUUCCUGCCAGAAUCCUAUUUGUAUAUUUGGAUGUUUAGAGUGCCGUAGCCUUUAAUUUUGAUAGAGGAAAUACGGUAGUUUUUGUUUUCAGUAUACUGAUCUAUUGCUUAUGUAAAACUAAUAUGUUCCAUAUCAGGGUACGAAAUUACUUUUAUUGUAUUUCCAUCCGGUUACAGUUAUUUAUGUAUACACAUAUAUAUGACAAAACCAACAUAAAUGAAAACAAAUAUUUUUGAAUAAAAGUUAUGAGAGCUA